UGAUUGUGGAAAAAUCUGGUUGAUGAUGGGACAGAUAUACGCCGUACGCGUGGCGUCGCCGAGUACGGAUAUUUGGAGAUCCAUGGAGUUUAACGCCUGGAAGAUCUGCACCGUCCACUAUGCGCGUUCUUACCACGAACGGUGUGGAUUUAUUUAUUCCCUGGCGUCGUAAACUUUUCCUACUCUUACUGGUCAAAAUGUAUCUUAGUCUUAAUUAAUUAAUUCACUUCAAAAUAGGAAAUAUUUUAGAUCCGGGACUACCCUAGACCCAUAGGUAGCGAAUCGGUCCGACCCAUUUCCGACCCGACCCGGUCCGAUGUUAAAUUCGAUCCGAGAGCUCUACAAAAUUUAAUUGGAGAGAGAGAGAGAGAGAGAGAAAAUAACCGUCUAUGUAUGUAUAUAUUUGUGUGUGUAUAUAUAUAUUACUGCUUGUUUCAACUUAGUUUCAAUUUGCACAUGGCGGGAUGAAGUAGAGAAGCCAAAAUCCUCUGGCCAACGAACGAUCAGGCAGAAGAAGCAAGGGAGAAGAGAAUCAGGAAGUGCAAGCAUUUGGUGAGAGCUCAACUUUGGAAUAAUGGUUUCGUUCCUAACGUGGUGUCGCUACUUUUUUCUCAGAUUAGAUUACGCUCUCACCGGCAUUUAUAGGGACGUUGCAACUAGUCAAAUAGUUAAACCUCAUAUUCUAGGAACCUUCGGUUCAUAUCUAUUCCGAUCUCGAUUGACCGACUUUCAUUUUGAUAAAAAGGAAGAUAUUGGAGGGAUGCUAGGUGGAACUCUUCUUGUUCGAAAACUUCCAAGGGUAGAUAAUAGAAGGAUUCGUGUUGGAGAUGUCAUAGUCAUGCGCAUGUCCUCUGACUCUGUAAGUAGAGUUGCUGCUCUUGGAGAACGGUUGAUGAUAUGUACAGAUGGAAGUGAAGACCCUUUCUACCUUGAAAAACACCAUUUCUGGGUAAUUACCGACAACAAAAAGCCCGAGGAAACACUCGAUAGCCGAACAUUGGGUCGGCUUAUAAUAAACGACAAAACUAUUGGGAGAGCCAUAUACUGGUUUCGGAGCUCUACAGAUCACGGGCCUGUGGAGAACUCGGCUGAAAGCAUGAAGGAAGAUGCAGCCCUCUUAGAAGUUGAACUCGAUUUGGAUGAACUGGAAAGGUAUCAAAAGAGCAUAACACAGCCCCGCCCGGUGCGAGGAUACGGUAGAGAGACAGAAGAUGAUUAGAUUCACAGAACUCUUAACAUUGCUUGGCUUGGCUGCACACUGUAAGCUGAAUAAGUUCACAGAACUCUUUAACAUUUUGCUUGGUUGCACACUUUUGGUUGGAUAAAACUAAUAUUGCUUGCAUAAUAGAGAAUAUGGGAUUCAUAUAGUCUUAUUCUUAGGAACCUUGAUGCGGGCCGGGGUUGGUUCAUUAGGUUGAUUGCACAACAUACACAUUAUCCUGAAUUUGCUUCAAAUAAUCAUAGGUGUCUGGCAGUUUCCAGCUUCUCUUAUU